GCCCGACCUAAACAGAUGGGAGCAGGAGCUUUUGUCCACAGAAGACUGUCAGUGUUCAUGGAAGGAGGAAAGUGGACGCGUUUCGCCAAGCGCAUUGUUUUCAGCUAAAAGACCGAACAACAAUAGCAGGCAUUUAUUGGAGGGAGCUGACACGUCUUCCAGCCGGACCGCUCGCCUGUUCGUAGGCGCGACCUUGUUGCUAGAGAGACCAGGCGAUCUUGACAAGAGGACAAUAGCGAGAAUCCGUGUGGAGAAGCAGGCUGGAGGUUAGCCCUCAGCGCUCCUGGUAAAUAGAAGCAGGGUCUCUAACUGUUGGUCAGGGAGCAGGAUCCGCUUUCAGCCGUCUAUCCGCUCCGAAGUCCACCAUGCCCGGCUACGACUAUAAGUUCCUGGAGAAGCCCAAGAGGCGCUUCCAGUGUCCGCUGUGCAGCAAAGCCAUGAGGGAACCGGUGCAGGUCUCAACCUGCGGCCACAGAUUCUGCGACACCUGCCUCCAGGAGUUCCUCAGUGAGGGGGUGUUCAAGUGCCCUGAGGACCAGCUCCCCCUGGACUACGCCAAGAUCUACCCUGACCCCGAGCUGGAGCAGCAGAUCCUGGCUCUAGCUAUCCGCUGUAUCCACAGUGAGGAAGGCUGUCGCUGGACCGGCCAGAUGAAGCAGCUGCAGAGCCAUUUCUCUACCUGUGCAUUCAACGUGAUCCCGUGCCCUAACCGCUGCAGCGUCAAGCUGACACGCCGCGACCUGCCCGAGCACCUGCAGCACGACUGCCCCAAGCGCAAGGUCAAAUGCGAGUUCUGCGGCAGCGAGUUCACUGGCGAGGCCUUCGAGAAUCACCAGGGCAUUUGUCCCCAGGAGAGUGUGUACUGCGAGAACAAGUGUGGAGCGAGGAUGAUGAGGAGACUCCUGGCCCAGCACACCAUGUCCGAGUGUCCCAAACGCACACAGCCGUGCAAGUACUGCGGCAAAGAGUUCGUCUACGACACCAUCCAGAAUCAUCAGUACCACUGCCCACGUUUCCCAGUCCAGUGCCCGAACCAGUGUGGUGCCCCCAAUAUCGCUCGUGAAGAUCUCGCAACCCAUGUGAAGGAAAGCUGCGGCAGUGCUUUAGUGCUCUGUCCCUUUAAAGAAGCUGGAUGCAAACAUCGAUGCCCGAAGCUGGUGAUUGGCCGACACCUAGAGGAAACCACCAAAUCCCACCUGACCAUGAUGUGCAACCUGGUAGGCCGUCAACGGCAAGAGAUCGCAGAGCUGCGGCGUGAUCUGGAGGAGCUGUCAGUGAGCCAUGAUGGCGUACUCAUCUGGAAGCUGAACGACUACUCGCGCAAGUUGCAGGAGGCCAAAAUGCACAGCAACCACGAGUUCUUUAGUCCGCCCUUUUACACGCACCGCUAUGGCUACAAGCUGCAGGCAUCCGCGUUCCUCAACGGUAACGGUAGUGGCGAAGGUUCACAUCUCUCCGUCUACAUCCGCGUACUGCCUGGCGAAUAUGACAACCUUCUUGAGUGGCCCUUUUCCUACAAGGUCACAUUUUCCAUUCUGGACCAGAGUGACCCGUCACUCUCCAAACCGCAGCACAUCACUGAGACGUUCAACCCGGACCCUAACUGGAAGAACUUCCAGAAACCCAGUGGCAGCCGCAGCUCACUGGACGAAAGCGCGCUAGGCUUUGGCUACCCCAAGUUCGUCUCGCACGAGGAGAUCCGCAAGAGGAACUACAUUCGUGACAAUGCUAUCUUCCUGAAGGCCUCCAUCGAGAUCCCACAAAAGAUCAUGGCUUGAGAGCUGAAAGCUUUGAAAUCUCAGACCAGCGCGUUACUGACUUCAUGUGUAGACCACCUAAUGUUCCUCCACCUGAAGUACGCUGAAGGAAGAACCUUUAGAUUUAGAGUUCAUCUAUCCGAUCUGGUGAAGCUUAGGAAAGUUCAUGUUUUGCUCCACAAAACCAGCAUGUUAUAUUUGUUUGGUUUUUUUUUUAUAGGUCUGGUUUUCAGUGCUUUUUCCAUGCAACACAAGCCUCUGGACUUUCAACAGUGCCUAGAAUUUUUCAGUUAAAGUUUUCUUUAACAAAAAUGUGAUUUUUACGACACCUUAUAGUGGGGUGUAAAAGGUUGUACAGUAUGUAGCCUUUGCACUUUGAGAAUGUUCGAAUGCUCUGUCGGAAACAAUGCACCACUGUUCGAAAUACACAGCAGGUGACAAAACCCAUGGGGUCUGGCGUAGGAAUUCCGUGUACAUACUCAAGCUUGCCUUUUGUUUACACACUCUGUCCCGGUCAACAGAAACUCAGCAGCAGGGUCAGUGGCACGCACUUUUCUUAUUUACAUAGUUUGUAGUUAACUAACAGCAGCUGUGAAGUGAACAUGCCUGACUUGGUUAUCUGCUGUCUUUUAAGGUCUUUCCAGGCUCAGCUUUUAGUUCAGUACAUCGUGCCAGAGUGUAGCGUUGAAUUUUACUCUUCAGAGAUAUUUCUGAUGCGCUGCAAUUGUGAUAUCUUCCCGAGUGUACGGAGAACGCAUUAAUGGAACAACUUGUUUACAUGCUAGGACUGUAAGUGUACUAGAAACUAGCAGUGAACGCUUGACAUCGCAUACCGCAUACUCUGUACUGUAACCUGCAUUUAUAAAACCUGAGUGUUUUUCUUUCCAGAGAGCAGACCAUCAUGUGGAAACGAAAUUCUGUUGUGUGAAUGAAAUGUGAGGGGAAAAAACUCAUCCUUAGUGUGUUGGAAACCUGGAGAUGAAACCUCCACACUUUCUACCCUUCUCUUUGUCUUACUCUGCUGGUCUCUGGCAGCUAAGAGAGAGAGAGAGAGUGAGAGAGUACAAGGGACUCCAAAGUAUGUUGGUGCCUCAAAUGGAUGAGCGCUCCAUUUUGCCUUCGCAGCUUGCAAAUGUCUGAGGAAGAUAAGUUUUGUGCAGUCCGGCAGCCGGUUCUCAGACUGCAGACCUGGAGGGUUUGGUCCGUAAUAUGUGAAUACUAAUGAAAGACGUACGAAUGCACCAAUUUGUACAUUGGCUUUCUCAUGUUCCUGCUCUUCAUGAAAAGUCCUGAUUACACCACACUGUUAUACCAGCUCUAAUGUUGUCAAAAUAACAUUGAGAAAAUGUGGGGGGAAAAGUUUUUGCAAGAUUUCUGUAUUUUACAAUGUAUUUCAAAACAUUUUAUACAACACUUUUGGAGUGACAAACAAGGGAGCAGUUCUUUGGACAUUUUUUGACCCUUCCUCCCUUCCUUCCUUUCAGUUUCUCUGAAAUUUGCUCCGUUGUGUUCCCGGUCUGCAUCGGAUUUUUUUUUGUUGUUGUAUUCUGUACUUGUCUGUACUUUAAGUUCUUAAAAAGUAUUUAUUUUAAGCCACUGCAUAGGCUCGAUAUGCACACUGGUGCAAAUGUUUUACAUGGUAAUUAAUGAUUGCUUGUCAUUUUUCCCCUUGAAAUAAAACCAUGACUGUAGCAACUG